GUCGUGCCUCUCCCGGUAGCACCUUACUGCUGGGUAUGAAGAGGUUGUCUGUACAGCUGGUGGACUGCAGGAAAACAACGGGGCUGAGUGGAACUGUGAGAGGAGGAGAAGAGAAGAAAGGAUCAGAUUUGACACAUCAAAGAGAAAGACCACACUCAGAGGAACCAGAGCCAGGGAUGUCCAAACCAACAAGAAGACACCAGUGUUCCCACUGUGGAAAGUGUUUUAACCAGUUAGGGAACCUGAAACAACACGAGAGAAUACACACAGUUGAGAAGCCUUACCACUGCUCAGAGUGUGGAAAGUGUUUCAACCGGCCAGGGGAUCUGAAAAAACAUGAGAGAAUACACACAGGGGAGAAGCCUUACCACUGCUCCCAGUGUGGAAAGAGUUUUGACCAAUUAUGGAGCCUGAAAGUUCAUGAGAUAAUACACACAGGGGAGAGGCCUUACCACUGCUCCCAGUGUGGCAAAUGUUUUUACCAUUUAGGGAACCUGAAACAACAUGAGAGAAUACACACAGGGGAGAAGCCUUACCACUGCUCCCAGUGUGGCAAGUGUUUUUACCAGUUAGGGAACCUGAAACUACAUGGGAGAAUACACACAGGGGAGAAGCCUUACCACUGCUCCCAGUGUGGAAAGAGUUUUAACCAAUUAUGGAGCCUGAAAGGUCACGAGAUAAUACACACAGGGGAGAAGCCUUACCACUGCUCCCAGUGUGGCAAGUGUUUCAACCGGUCAGGGGAUCUGAAAAAACAUGAGAGAAUACACACAGGGGAGAAGCCUUACCACUGCUCCCAGUGUGGUAAGAAGUUUAACCAUUUAUUUAACCUGAAAAGACAUGAGAGAUUACACACAGGGGAGAAGCCUUACCACUGCUCCCAGUGUGGAAAGUGUUUCAACCAGUCAGGGGAACUGAAAACACAUGAGAGAAAACACACAGGGGUGUUCCCAGUGUGAAAAAAGUGUUAAACCUAACACCUACUUGAAAAAACAUAGCAGAAUACACACAGGGUAGAAGUCUUACAAAUGCUCAGACUGUGGAAAGACAUAUUACUCAUCAGUCACUUAAAAGUCAUGUGAGAAUCCACACUGGAGAGAAUAAUUACUUCUCCUAGUGUGAAUAUUGAUAUUUAACAUCACAUUGGCUUAAUUAGUCCAGUGUGUAAAUUGAUAUUUUACAUCACAUUAACUUAAAAUUCAUCAGAGAACAUACACAGUGCUCCCGUUGUCUUAUAUUGUUGACUGAUAAUGUGUUUACCUGUUUUUACCAUAUGAAAUUAAAUGGUACAAGGUAUACUCAAAUGUAUUUGUAUGUUUUUAUUAGAAAACAUGAAGUGAAUAUGGAGUAUUUCAGUUUGAAUAUAGAGUAGAUCAGAUUCCAUGUGUUUAAAUGGUCCUUUUUAAAACUCUGUGUUUGUGUUUAUCUGGGUGUGUCUUUCCUCCAGCACUACAGAUAAUACAGUGAUAUUUGGAUGUGAUGCAUUUGUUCCAUUGUUUACAUUUGCAUUGUUUGCCCACUGAUGAUUUAAUGAAAUGAAAAUAUUCACAGAUUCUGUAAUGGAAAAUGUUAAUUGUAUGUGUCCACAUAACUGAGUAUGUGACUAACCUUGUGAAACUGACCUAUUAUAAUCUCCUGUUCCUGGGAGUAUCAUCCCGUGUUGCAAACCAGCUGCACCUGCAUCCUUGUAUGAAUAAAGUCCCUCCCAGGAACAGGAAACUAUAAAGAUAUGUGCUCAUCACCCAAUGCUUCAGGAAUUCAGACUGUCUACACUGCACUGUGUAACUCUGUUAUUCUCUCUGAGCUCAGAAAUAAAGAUUCUUGGUUUGA